ACUACCACUACCGACUGCACGGGCCAAGGCUGGCACACAUUGACAUCCUGGGAGCAAUGGCUGCCACCUUCCCCAGCCACAUGUCACCCCUGUAUGAAGCCGGCAGAAAACCGGUGCGUCCCGCCCGCCUUCCCCCAAUUCCCGGCACAGGCCGAGGCCUAGGGUUCAGGCUUCAGCCGGGGUCCAGGCCUCGCCUCCCGCACUCUGCAGACCACCACCCGUUCGUGCUGGAGCGAGGGCAGCCUCAGUCUGUGUGGGAAUUCCUGGGAAACCAGCCGUGCAGCCUGGCAGAGCUGCAGCAGUCAGUGGCCAUAGUGGGAGCCAACAUUGCACCGCCCGGAUGGGCCUGGAGAUCCCGGUUCGGACUCGUAUCCAAGGCCUUUGCUGUCAACCUCGGGACACACUCUUCUCACCGAGAAAACCGACCCAUCUCUGUCUGCGAGGACACGCAACGGGAUCUCCCAAGUGUGGUACAGCCAGAUGACGAGAGAACACAGAGUGUGGGCAAACUGCCCGAUCUCCAGCCUGGCACCGGGGAGUGGGCGGUCCAGGCACUAGCAAAGUGCAAACUCCUGGGCAAGACCAAGUUCUACUAUCUCAAGGUCCAGCAAAAUCAGGAGUUCAGGCCAUACGACCUCGUUGUGGUCCCCAAGGAGAAGGUGGACGCGGAACACUUUGUUUUCUCCACUUUUGGAGUCCUCUCCGUGUGUCCGAGCCAGGAGUCCCAGGUGAUGUCACUGGGAGAGUGGCAGCGGGAGGCCAUGGUGUGGAGGGCUCUGAGACACAUCCCAUUCUUCAAAAACUACCUCCUGCGCAAGGCGUUCACACAGUGGUACAGGAACACAAAGCAACAGAGUCUGCAGAGACGGUGUAACACACUGUGGACUUGCCUACUCCCAGCCACACCGCACUUUGGAGCAGCUUUGCUACACAUCUCCAGGCUGAUCCAGGAACUCUGGCUGGUGAAGUGGUUCCCCUUGGACAUGACAGAGCCUCUGACGCUGGCACAGUUCGAGCAUCUUCACCAGCGCCAUCUUUCCGAAGGCCGCAGAAUACUGGAGAAGUUCUUCACCUUCUGCAGUCAUAUCCUGCAACUGGUACAUAUGGACAGUUAUCAGAUGGUGGAGGACAGCAAGAAGCAGCUCUGGCUGACAGAGGACAACUUGCCCCGGGCAUCUGUGCACACUGCCCGGCUACAGCAAGAACAGGCGGAAAGAUGGCUGCAGGACGCCCGUCAGACGACCGAGAGCCUGGGGAGAUUGUCAUCACUGGUUACUCACAUGGCUGUCGAGAACCUCAUCAGUGUGGUGCAGAGCGAGCUGGACAGCUUCGUAAGAGCCAUGCUGCAGCGCAGGAACCCGGGCCAGACUGCGUUACUGAAGGUGAUGCUGAAGUUCGACGAGGCCAGGCGGUUUGCCAUCCAUCCGUGCCGCACAGAGCUGCUGGAGAAGAUGUCGUGGGUGCUGAGGUCUGUGGGUGAGAGCAUACUGGAGGUAACAGAGGGACUGCAGGAUGCCAAUUCCCCACAACUGGAGGAGCCAGAGACCAGGACAACAGAGAGAGAGUCUGCAGGGAGCACUAAGAAUGAAUGUGGAUGUGGCUUGUGCAGAACAUGUGAGAAACAGCACGCAGGAGGUUUUCGAGCCACGGUGACCAGAUUUGGUGACACGACGAAGCCACUGGGCUCUAAACAUUUCUGCUCCCUCCCCACAAAAUUGGUGUUGCGCUGUGACCAGGAUGACAGGGGGCUGCAUGUCAGCGGAGAACCUCUGCGACAUCACCUCUACCCGCUGUCCAGCAGUCUGCUGAGUGCAAUACUCAGCUCCGACCUGGGACUGACGAGGGCCCUCAAGACACAACAGCAGUUGAUUAAGGAUUCCCUGAAGGAGACACUCAAGUUCCGAAUCUGCAAAAUCUGGCUGCUGGAAACACUCCAAGCGAUCCGAGAAUGGGAUAUGACGGCUGUGGAACAGAUGUACAGCUGGAGACCGGAGCAGUUCCAAGAACUUAUUGCCAGGCUGAGAAGGUGGGAGGGCCGGGCAAGGAGGGUGGGCCCAAUGCUGGUCUGCAAGAACCACCUGCUGGUGUUGGACUGUACCUGCGUUCAGCAUGAGAUGGUUCCUGCGCUGGUGUCGAUGCUGCAGCAGAUCCUGCAGGUACUGAAGGACAAGGUGGACUGUCUGCUCUCCCAACUCACCACUGACCUCAGCACGGCUAUCGUAUGCCUUCAGGAGAAACCGGACGACACCAUCACCUUCGGCUCGUUUAUAAGCACGUUGGAUAACUACAACAGGACCACCCCGGAUUACCGGCGACAGUUGGAUUAUGUAUUGGGACUGGUCCAGAUUGUCCGUGUUGAGUUCCAGCAUCACACCUCAUACCAGGACAAAGAGGAGGAGCAGGUGGAGUACCUGUGGAACACCUUCCUCCAGGUGUGUAGAGAGGCAUCAGAGUUUGUCAGGGGUCGGCGUGACAGUGCACUUGACAACGUAGAGCAGAGACAGCAACUCCUCACUGCACAGGCACAGUCCAUAAACUGCGCUGUCAAUGCCGCCUCGUUCCAGGAACCCCGCCAGAAUCCAGCAGCCACACUGCGACAGCUGCAGGAAAUGCAGUGGCAGCUGCAUUCACUGGCUCAAGAUCUGCAGCAGCUGAGCCACACCCAGAAAGCCAUCAAAGGUCAGCCCCUCGAUCUUUCCUUUGUGUCAAAGCUAGAAAUAACUGUCAACACCAGGAGGGAGUUGUGGGACCUCUUCUACACAGCCUCACAGGAAGUCAAAGACUGGAGGAAAACAUUGCUGUCCCAGUUUAAACUGCAGCAGGUGAGGACUGAGUUGGACGGGUGGGUGUCGAUAGCCGAGCGACUCCGAGCUUCAGUGCCAUCCGAUGAUAGCAUCCUGUUGGCCUUUGACGAGGUGGUGUCAGAAUUCAAACGGUUCCUGCCAGUCCUGGCGGACAUGUCCCAGCCAGAGAUAAAGGAAAGACACUGGAAGUCCAUCUUCACAGAGAUGGGCGAGACCUGGCAUACAGAGUGGGAUAUGACGAUAUCAGAUCUUUUAGCAUACGAUCUGCCUGCAUACAGUGAAUUUAUCAGACAGGUCCUGGCUAAAGCAAGGAAGGAGUUCAAGCGUCACAAGCAGCUGCUGUCCGUGAAGAGGUUCUGGCAGAGCUGUCAGUUCCGGCUGGUCACCCACAUUGCCAUGGUUCAUGUUGUGGAACCUGGCCCCAGUGGAACUCAGCGACCCCGUGGACGCAAGCUUCAGUCACCCAAGGUCAGCUGGACAGCGAAAGACAGUGGGACCUUGAUCCUUAUUGAGAUCGAGAGGCUUCAGUGGUAUGUCGAGGACAGUAUGAUGAGUUUGAGUAUGAUCGUGUCGAGUUCUGUACCUGCCGAUGUCCAAGAUGAAGCCAGGAAGCUCAUGGAAGCGAUCGAGCACUUUGGUAAUCUUCUGGAAUUAUGGAAAAAUUUUCAGGAUAAGUGGGUCUUUCUGCACCGGAUCCUCUCUGAAAUGGAGAUGAAGUUUCGGACACCAGACCGUGUCAUGAUGUCCAACAUUAAGGAAGUGGAUGCAUUGUAUCGGCGAGUGAUCUCAGCUCUGUCUGCCAACCCCUCGAUUCAGUUGGUCCUCAACGGCCAGGACACCCUCAAGUUUGAGUGCAUGACCCUCCGCGAGAUCUUCAACGCAGGCAUCACAGCCAUGGAGCAGAUCACCGUGCAGAUGUCCAAUCUGCUGGAAUCUGCCCGUCGAGACUUUCCCCGGCUUCACUUUCUCAGUGAUGAUGAAUUGUUUUCUCUGUUUAUCCUGGAGCCUGAUCCCCGGAAACUCCUGCCCUUUGUGCAGAAGUGUUUCACAGAUGUACAGGACCUUCAGUGCGAGGCGACGGGGGAUGCCACCGUGCAGCUGGUCAUGCCUCAGGUUAACGUGCUGGCUGUCUACGGCCAGUGGAGGGAGCGCUUGGAGCUGCUAGCCCCACUCAGGCCUGGCCACACUGUGGUUAGCUGGUUCCAGAGGCUGGAGCUGGGUGUACAACAGAGUCUAUUCCGCGCCCUGGAAGCCUGCGUCCGAGAGGGCAUGGCAUCUGCCACAGACACCAACAGGACCGUGCUGCAGACAACGGACAAGUCCAACGCCUACAAGGCAGUGCAGCUGAUGGAACAGGUCACAAAGAUGGCACUGUCUUACCCAGAACAGUGCAUCCUCAUCACCGAGAACUUGUGUUGGCAGUGGGAGGUCAAGAAGGUGCUGUUUGCCCACUCGGCUACCAGGGCCUGGCUCUCGGCUCUCUACAGGGCUAAGGUAGACCGUCUAGCUCUGGUCAUUCGUAGGUUCUGCAAAUCCAUGACACAAAAGGCCGAGGAGCUGAGGCUGCUCUCCCUCCUUGGGAAUCUGACCGUCACCAUCAUCUAUCACCGUGAUCUCAGCCACCAUCUCAUAGCUUCCAACACAGACUCAGAGACCUCCUUCCAGUGGCAGAAACUACUCAAAUACAGGGUUGGCCUGGGCUGGCUUUUCCCCAAAAGGGAAGCCACGAAUCCUUCGGCCAACCCCUUUGACCCAUCAUCGCUAGAGCCGCCGCGGAAGCUGUUCGGUCUGAGGUGCUACGUAGACAUCCUGAGCACCAGCCUGUACUACGACUACGAGUACCUCGGUUCUGGCCGCCAGUUCGUGCACACACCUCUGACUGAUAGGACCUGCCUGGCACUGUUACUGGCCAUUCAGAACUUCAGUGCCUGUGCCCUGGUGGGGCCCUGUGGUACGGGUAAAUCUGCCACCCUCUCACAGCUUGCCCGUGCUCUGGGCUGCCAGCUGGUCACCCUGCGGUGCGGUGAAGGUAUGUCCUCCAACCUCCUCGCUCAGCUACUGAGGGGAGCUGUCCAGUCCGGCGCAUGGCUGCAGCUGAAGGACACAGAGCUCCUGACACCCGGAGCACUGUCCACCCUUGGGCAACAGUUAAUCACUAUUCAGGAUUCCUACAGGCAACUGACAACAACCUACAACUCCUGGAAACAGGACACUCUCUCUUCACAGCAACAGCCACGCAACAGCCUGACGGACGUGCCAGAGAGGGAGGGUGCUCCCCUGGGACUCAGGCGGACGACGAGUUCAGAGGACCUGAGGCUGUUGGACCCAACAGCUCUGGGAAGCAUCUUGUUCAAGGGAAGAGUGAUCCCAGCCAGAAUCAACUACGCUGUCUUCACAAGUUUCCCAGCAUUUGACUCGAGCACCCCUCUGCCUGAGAACCUGCGCAUUGCGCUGAGACCAGUCAGCGUGGUCCGGCCAGACAUCCUGGUCAUCAUCGAGGUCAAGUUGCUCACCCUUGGCUUCCUAAACCCUGCCAACCUGGCCAGGAAAAUUGGGCUGUUCUUCAAGCUGGCAAGGGACUCCAGUCUUUUUGGGGAUUACUGCUGCCUGUCGGCGGUGGAGGUGGUGGUGCAGGCAUCAGCCAAGAUCGUUUACCGAAUUCUGCGGGCGGCGCCCUCCACGCUGGCUGGCGACACAAGCAAAGGCCCUGCAGAAGGCAGCAGGGUCAUGCCUGCCCAGUCAGAUCGGGCUGGGCAGAGUGUGGCGGGGGACGUUGAAGGAGACCAGGAGAGAGGCAAGCCCUCACCAGCCGCUCAGUUUGAGUCAAUUCGAGAACUCGAGGAAUCCUCGGUACUGAGGGCUCUGUUGUCCACGUUCUCCUCAUCCACAGCCAGCCCUGAGCUGCGCCAAGAUCUGCAGGAUGUCUUGAGGGACCUGUUCCCCAGAGCCCAGACAUCUGUUCCCCAACAAGAGCACUCCCCCAUGCUCCUCGAUGCCAUUAGGCAGAGCCUUCUGGACACAGGACACGAGGUGACGGAGGAAGCGGUCAGUAACACUCUGGCUCUUUCCCAGGCACUCAGAAACAGCAGAGGGGUCAUCCUGUUCGGCCCUGCUGGCAGUGGCAAGACCACUUCAUACAGGGUCUUGUCACAGGCAUUGAAUCGGCUGUCUCGAGCUGACCUGGGGCAGACAGCUGGUUCCGGAGGGGAUGGCCUGAUGGGUUCACCAGUCAGUGUGACCGUCUACUUCCCCAACAGCCUGUCCUCAGCCCAGCUGCUGGGCUCCCUGCAGAAGCGAGCCUGGAUAAAGGGCGCGUUGAGCAGGAAGCUGAGUGAGACCGACCGCUGGGUACGGGAUAGAACGCACUCCAAGGACUUCAGGUCCCUUCAGGUGAAGCCCUUCUCGCGGCCGGAGCCGCUCCAGUGGGUGGUGCUGGACGGCGAGAUGUGCCUCGACUGGUUGCUGCCCGUCAGUGGGCUGCUGGCACAGGAAAACCGCCUCACUCUGCCCAGCGGAGAGCGACUGCCGCUGCCCGACCCCACCUCCCUCAUCCUGGAGACGUGCGAGCUGAGCAGUGCCAGUCCCGCCACCUUGACCAGGUGCAGCCUGGUCCACUUCCAGGGCAAUGGUGGCUGGCAGGCUGUCUACAGCCGCAUGCUGAACUCGGUCUACAGCCAGUACAUGGUGCAUCGGCGUACGCUGGCCCUCUGGAGGGACCUCGCUUUGGACCUCCUCCCCAAAACCCUCCAAUUCCUGCAGCACUGCAGUCUGGCACUCGGCCCCCGGCAUGGCUGUCCAGCACUCCGGCAGCAGACACAAGCCUAUGGGUUGCCGGAGAUAGGGGCCUUCAACAGGAUCCUCGACAGCCUUCUUCAGAAACACCUCGCACGUGACCGGCAGAAGGUCCCAGUAGAGCACGGUGCGAUCCCACCAGGUGGAACCCUGGCUAUACCCCCUCACCAGCACCAGCGAGUGCAUCUUGAUGACGAAAUCCAGCCCAGGGAUCACGUACUGUCUGCUAGCAUCUUCGCUGUGGCCUAUAUUUGGGGCUUUGGAGGACAUCUGCACUCCAGUCACCGACUUCAGUUUGACACAUUUGCUCGACAAGCCUUGGAGAGCAGUCUCUACCCCGUCAGUAUCCCAAAACCCGGCCUGGUCUUUGAUUACUACAUCAACUCCAUCAGUGGAUGCCUGGAGACACUUUACAGAGACCCUGAGGAAGUGACAUGGAGAACAAAAAUACCCUAUUACAUCCUUGUCCCCGAGCUGGAGACCUACCUGAAGUUACUGGAGCUGCUGACUUCGCUGGGACAUUCCAUCUUCCUGGUCGGGGAGCCACUCUCUGGGAAGACCAGCUUCGUGCAGGCAUUGAACGGGUUGGGUUCCUUACCUCAGGUGUACAGGAUGCCAAUCCGCACCAGCACCCAGCCCAGGGACGUCUGGCAAUACGUGGCAGAUCGAGUCUUUCUCCGCAACGGGCAGUCCUCAUCACUGCCUCUCAACGCCAAAGGUUUCCUCUUCUUCCUGGAUGAUGUUCACCUGGCACCCCAGAAGCAGGGAUCCAGAUGCCAACCGGUGUCUGAGGCUCUUCGCCAUUCUCUGACCUGUCAUGGCACCUACUGUGGAGACUGGCUCCGGUUCCGGUCCCUCCACUCUACACGGGUCAGCUACAUUGCAACGUGCUCUCCGCGCCACGGGCCAUGGGGCUCCGUCUGGGCUCGCCUCACCCGCCUGAUGGUCGUGUUGGCCCUCCCUGCACCCACCUGGGGAAUGCUGAGUACCAUCUACAGGCCUGGUGUGCUGUCCUGGUUGAAGAGCUUCCCCACCAGCACCAUCUCCGGGCAUGACCUCUUCGCCAAACGUCUCCUUUAUGCCACAAUUGACCUGUAUCAGAAAGUGAGGAGAACGUUCCUACCAUCUCCCAGCCACCCGCACUACCUGUUCUCCUUGGCCGACAUCAGCAAGGUUCUCCAGGGUCUCUGGUUGAUGGACCCGUCGAGCAUCAGCCCCCGGACAGAGGGUAAGCUGAGCAAUUCUGAGUCCGAGGCAUCGCACGCCCCACUAGCUGUCACCAAAACCGUGGUCAGCCUGUGGCUGCACGAGUCGAUGAGGACCUUCUCGGACUGCCUUGUGAGCGAGGAGGACAGAGAUGCUCUGUCCAUUGCCCUGCACAGAGUGGCUCACACCCACUUCUUCACCCACAGCAUCGAGUUCCUCUUCGACCAGUCACUACUGCGAAUGGCGGUGGAACCCCAGACUUGGGCCAACCCACCAGAUCCACUGGAUCAACACCAGGCCAACUGUCCAGCCGCCCUGCAGAUACAGGAUGCAGCUGAAGAGGGAGAGACGUCCCCAGGGGAACACAUCAACCGUCAAGAGCCCAACAGCCACUUGAUGGAUAGUCAACACAGAAUGGGUCUGAAUUUGGCAGCCUUAAGCACAGAAACGGUGUUAACCCAUGAAGUGCCCGUGAAUGAGACCUUCUCGUCAUUGGGUUUCGGUGAUCAGACACCCUGCAGCAAGUCAAGUGUUCCACAAGUCAUCUCAGCGACCCAAAGCACAAAUCUCAGCCCGUCACCCAGCCACAGUGAGGCCAGGGCUCAGCGCGGAAACCACAGGCAGUCCACGUCCAUAAAACCCCUGCUGCCUCUUCACCUGCUCCACACCAGAGAAUCUCUGAGAGACCUGAUCUUCAGCAAGGCAGCAAUUCGACCAGAAAACCGACAGCAAAUGAACUCCCCGCAGUGGAACCCUUACCGGGAGGUGACCCACGAGCAUUUGGCCCAACAGCUGCGACAGAUGGUUCAGAGGCAGAACCAGAAGUUCAGAGCCAACCAGCAGAUCAUCUUCUACAAGGAGGCGGUAUGCCACUUGGCCCACAUCUCCAGGGCCCUGAGCUUGCCCGGAUCACACUGUGCCCUGAUGGCCCCCACUCACUGCACUGGUCGGAAAACUUUGCUCAGGCUGGCUGCGUACCUCCACAUGGCCACGGUCUUUGAGCUGGAUGGUCAGAUGUCCAGUUCGGAAGUGGCUGGCGUGUGCCAGCGAGCGAGCAGGCACGCUGGGCUCCAGGGGAGAUGUACGGUCAUCGUAGUUCAUGACUCUGUGGGGCAAGACACCCUGCAGAACGUGCUGGACGUGGCAGCAGAGGGCUGGUUCCCUGGACUGUACUCCCCCUCUGAGCUCACCCGAGUGGCUGAGCAGUUCACCAGCAGCAGGAAGCUACCAUGGAGCAAAAAGCAAGAGCAGGUGCUGGAGAAGUACUUCCAAGCCGUACGCCAGUGCCUACACAUCGUGCUGUUACAGCCAGUUGGUGCUCACAGACUGGCGUCAAGGGCGGGGAGGGGUCCGGUCCGCCUGUCCCACCUCCUGGGAUCCUGCGGCUACAUCGACGUGUGGCAGCCGUGGAGCGAGCAGGCACUGACCGACAUCGCCACCUCCCACAUGGGGUUUGGAAACCUCUCAACGUUGACCAGGAGCAUCGGACCUCUGUUGGUUCAGAUAGGGACGCUGCUCCCAAUCAUCACCAAGAUCAUGGCACUAAUUCACCAGUUGGCACUGAGCUACGCCAAUCAUUUGGCUCCCUCGCUGCCACUCAUUACACCACGACAUUAUCUAGACUUCAUCAACCUGUUCUUGAUGAUAUUCCACCACCUGGAACAAUCAGAGGGCUCACAGAUCGAGAGGAUGGAGCUGGGCCUGGACAAGAUAGAGGAAGUGUAUAACAUGGCUGAGGAGCACCGGAAGCAAAUAGAACACUUCAAACAGCAACUCCAGCUUACGGCACAGGAGCAACGGCUGCUGCAGGAACACUACGCCCAGCUGCGGAGCGACUUCAUGCUCACCUUACAGAAGAACCGGGAGGAGGAGAUCCGCCUGAGCCUGCUGCAGCAGGAACUGGAGGCUGCCCGCCAGGCCUUCGCCAAGGAGCACGGCACGGGCAAGUCUCUCUAUGAGACGGCAUUGGAGGCCCUCAGGGCACUGAGCUCCAGUGACCUUGACGAAGUGCGGACAUACCGGGUCCCACCGCGCUCCGUGGUGGCGGUGAUGAACACCGUGUGCAUGAUGUUCGGCAGGCCCAAUGGAUGGGAGAGUGCAAAGCAGUUACUCAGUCAGCCAACCUUCUACCAGGAUCUGGAAUUCUACGACAAGGAGAACAUCCCGGAUCACAUCUUCAGGACACUGGAGAGCGUUGUGCUCCGGCCGGAACUGCAGCCGGCCGCGGUCCGCGAGGCGAGCAGGGCGGUGGAAUCUUUCAGUCUGUGGAUCCGGGCCAUAUACUACCAUGCCGCGGUGGUCCGAGAGUACAGCCCCGUCUUCAUCAACCAGUUCCAGACCCUGAUCGACGAGGCGCAGGCUGCCCUGGGGGUGCUACGGAAGCGCGCCUUCGAGAUGAAGACGGCUCUGGUGGACCUGUUGCGGAAAGACGGCGAGAAGUACCUGGCGGGCAUCGAGUCGCUGACGGACAUUGGUGAGGAGCACCUUCUGAGGCUUUUGGGGCAGAAGGAAAUGGAGCUGGUGGGAAGGCUGAAGGAGCAGCAGUGGCAGACGCAAGUCGAGCUGAUGGAGUGCCAGAGGGAACUGGAGCGCAGCGAUCGGCUGAUCCAAGCCCUCUACCCCCACCAGUCAGACUGGAAGGAGGUCCUGCAGCAGUGCCGGGACUGCAGGACAACUGUUUCAGGCGACAGUCUGCUAACUGCGGCCGCCGUUGUUUACCUGGGACCCUUCACGGAAAAGACGCGGCAGGAGUUACUGGAGAAAUGGAAAGUCGCCUGUUAUAGCGGCAGGAUGGAGACAGAACACAGGGACGCACGGAUGGAGCUGCUGGGGACGUUGGCUGAAGGAUCCCCCUCCUCCCGAGCAGCAGGAGAGGAACCCACUGGCACCCCUGCUACCUUCAUCCCGAGUCGGAAGAGUUUCCUGCUGCUGGACACGCUGAGUUCACUGCGCGAACAGCUGGAGUGGAACCAGCUCAAGCUUCCGGUGAAUGCCACGGCCAGGAUCAGCGUCCUGAUCGCUCGUCUGCAGCUCCAGUAUGCCGCAACUCCCUGGCCGCUGUUCGUCGACCCCGACCUGCAGACUGGACUCUGGAUGGGAGUCCUGCAGGCUGGAGAUGGACCACGGCUGGACCGGCCGGUGCUAGGAGACUCAGUUGCAAGUGUACGAUCGGUGGAGGUGGAACCAGAGGCGCAGGACGGACCCGGUGACGUACUGAUGGACGGCCGUGCUGUCGGGAGCGGAGACAUCGACUGGGCACCGGAGCUGAUACAGGAAGAACCACCCAACAACCUCUGGGUCUGUUCCAUCACCAGUGAGAGCCUUGAGCGGCUCCUGCUGACAGCGGCCUUCAACGGAAUUGGGGUCUUGGUCACGAACGUUGAACUCUGCCCGUUCCCUCCCAUUUUGAGGGCUUUCCUUGCGGUCAGCCGCUGGCAGGUGGCUGUGGACGGCUGGAACCUCACCUUCGGGACACUUCGAGUCCGCGUCAAACCAACAUUCCGUCUCUACCUCAGCACCUCGCUGCCACUCCAAAGCAUCGAGUCAGAGAUGGACCCAGCCAUGCUGAAGCUGGUGAGAGUGAUCGACCUGACCAUCAGUCCAUCAGGGCUGCAGGAGCUGUUCCUGAAGGAAGUUCUGUAUUUCGAGAGGGCACGGGUGGAAGACCUCAGCCUCACUCGUCAGAUGGACAUCAUGUACCUGCGACACCAACUCCAGGUCACCCAGGAGGAGCUAAUGGACAAGGUCAUCGAGACAGCCACCAGUCUGCUCAACAACCCAACCAUCCACGAGGAGGCACUGCGGAGCCAGAGGGCCAAGAUGGAGAUUCACAGUAAGCUCAAUGCUCUGGACAAAGCGGACAAUCCCAGUGCAGCCAUGGACAACCCUUACGUGCUGAUCUCCAACAUCGGCUCUGAGAUGUACUGGGCACUCGUCCACAUCUCACACCUCAGCGCCUUCUACUACUUCUCCAAAGCUGGCUUCAUGAACGUGGUGAGGGCUGCCCUCUCGAGCCGCCGCCUGAGUGCCCCCCAUCACCCCCCAGCCACCGGCAGCUGCAAGGAACGCUACAUGGACCUGAUGGACUACCUCAUCUCCCGCAUCUACAGCCACUUCCGCUGCUGCAUGUUCACCAGUCACGCUCGUCUCUACCGAUUCCUGGUGGUCAUCGGCUACAUGAAGGUGUUCAACACAGUGACGCCAGUGGAGUGGGAGCUCUUCCUGAGGGGCACCCAGGACCUGGAGCUGGGCGACAGGAUACUCUACUGUCCCCAUAGCCGUCCCACCUGGAUCAGCGAGGAGGUGUGGAGCAGCUGUGCUGUCCUCGAACUCCUGCCCGCCUUUGGCAGCCUGCGGGACUCGCUGGUCAGACAAGGCAGCCAGUGGCAGGAGUACUUCCGGCUCCCCUGCACGGUGAUUGGCACUGUCCCAUGCACCAACUUCGGCCACCUCAACACCUUCCAAAAAGCCAUCCUGUGGCGGCUCUUCAAGCCCAACACCCUGAGUCUGGUGGUGGAGCAGGUGGUGACUAGUAUUCUGGGAGGUGCCCUCCACAGGAACCAGUGGAUGACUGUCCCCCCCCUUUCCACCUACAGCAAACAGAUGGUGCCCAUCAUGUUCCUGAUGCCCCAGGACAACUCGGUCAACCUGUCCACACAUCCCCUCUACUGGAUCAGGCAGGCAGCGACUGAGCGACACAUGCAGAACAAAGUGCGAAUCAUUUCUCUGGGAUCGAACGAUCAGACGGAAGAAAUUCUCCGAGAGAUGCGGGUGGCAAUGAGCAAAGGCCACUGGCUGGUGUUGAACAACUGUCACCUCCUGCGGCACUGGGAUCAGCGUCUCAUCACCAACUUCACUCACAUCGUCACCGCCUUUGAAGUCAUCAAAGUGGCUGGGCCCUCAGCUCCGAGGGGGGGAGAUACCUGUGAGGAAUCAGGAAAAGCUGUCCCAACGAUGGUGACAGAAUCGGGGGAGAGAAUCCACUCAGAUUUCCGUCUCUGGUUCACCUGCCGGAAUGAAACGGAUUGCUCUGUGCCCGGAGUGAUCCGCCGGUACACGGGGAAGCUGGUGAUCGAGACUCCAUCGACACUGCGGAGCACACUGAUAUGUGCCCAUACCCAAGCGCAGAGUGAGCAGAGAGAGCGGAAACACUCCGAGGCCAUGAGUCUCCUCGUCGUCCUGCACGCCGUCCUCCUCCAUCGUCAGCACUACAGCCUCUGGACACAGGCUCGCUCCUACCGCUGGACACAGGCCGAUCUCUUCGCUGCCCUUGAUAUUCAGCGGAAGUUGCAGGCGACCUGGGGUAAUUCAGAGAUCCUGCUCGAGCACCUUGUAGAGCUGGCUGUAUAUUCGGGUCAUCUGUUGGACACAGGGGAUGAGGAAGCCUUGAGGAGCGUAAUCAACCACUGUCUGAGAACCAGUGGCCAGACCGGCUCCAGCAAAGGGAUCUGCAGCCUCAUCAGCCAUCUCGGCAGCUCCACAGGCGAGCUGACUCGAGCGGACAUCGAGCAGAUGCCGAACCGCCUGGAGACGGCGGCGGUCGGGAUAGGCGACGGCUUCAAACGGCGGCUGCUGGAGGAGCGCGCCGCCGACAUCAGCCGCAUCAUCGACCAAUCGCAGGCGCCGGUGGCGAGCGGAGGCGUGGGCACGGGCACAAGCAGGAUCGGCGCGUGCCUGUCUAGGCUCCUGAGACUCUGCGUCCCGGCGGGGGCGACACGGGAGACGGGGAAUACGGAACCGCUCCGGCGCUUUCUGCUGCGGGAAUGGCGCUGCCUCCAGAUGCGAAUUUGUCGCAGCGUGUGCGCGCUGUGUUGCGCCCUGGAAGAGCUGGAGGGAGCGCGCGUCUGCAGCGCGGGCACGCAGCAGCUGUAUGAGGCGCUGGAGGAGGGCUGCGUUCCCCGCAGCUGGUGGCCGGGAGCGCGCACUCGCGCCCCGCUCCCGCUUUGGCUGCGGUCCGUGGAGUCCGCGGUCCGCUUGCUCCACGAGUACCUGUACGGCCCCGUGCCCGCCGCCUACAACCUGUCUGCCUUCUGCCGGCCGCGCGCCUUCCUCUUCUCCAUCCUGCAGCGGCGUGCCCGCGAGGAGCAGCGCGCCCUCGACGCUUACCGUGUCCGCGCACAGGUGCUGAGCAUCUUCCUCCCUCCCACCAGUCCUCCAGGGAAUGGCGUCUACAUAACUGGGCUCCAGUUACACGGAGCCCUGUGGGAUAACAGGUUGGGUCUACUGCAAGACACGCUCUCUGACAAACCGUGCAACAUGCCAGUAGUGUUGUUCACAGCCGAAAUAGCAACAGGGACAUCAGGCAGCCCUUCGCCUCACCCACAGUAUGAGUGCCCUGUUUACCUGGGAGUGGAAAGCGAGGCCGUGGACCUGACGGACAACAACCUCAUCACUUACCUCUCCCUUGGGUCGAAGAUGGACGUCCUGGUGUGUGCCCAGAGGCGGGUUCACAUUGUCAGCAUUCUCUGAAGACCAGUUGCUCAGUGCCAACAGCUUGUCAAAAAUAAACUUUGAAGAAGUAAUAAAAAUAUAUUUAUACAAAAGUUAAUCGGACUGGUGUGGACGUGUUAGGUAAUGUGGGAAUUAAAGAAUGGUGUCACCCACCCCGA